AUGUUCUUCCACUUGGCCCUCGACCACGAGGUGUCCCUCCACCCCAAAUACUUCGGCCCGCAACUACACGACACGAUCAAGAACAAGCUGUUCAGUGAGGUGGAGGGCACGUGCACAGGCAAAUACGGCUUCGUGAUCGCCGUCACAACAAUUGACACGAUCGGCCAUGGUAUUAUUCAACCAGGUCGCGGCAGCGUCAUCUACCCAGUAAAAUACAAGGCCAUCGUCUUCCGGCCGUUCAAAGGACAAGUGAUGGACGCUGUCGUGAAUCAGGUGAAUAAACUGGGCCUUUUCUGCGACAUCGGACCGCUGCAAUGCUUCAUCUCACGGCAUUGUAUCCCGCCAGACAUGCAUUUCGAGCCCAACGCCAUGCCCCCAUGCUACAAGACCACCGACGAGUCGCAGAUCAUCAAGACUGAUGACAAUAUCCGGGUAAAACUAAUCGGCACUCGUGUUGACGCCAAGGAAAUUUUUGCAAUCGGCACGUUGAUGGACGACUAUCUGGGACUCUGCCCGCCUGAA